UUUUCAUAAUAUGUGAUCUUUGCGAUGCUUUUUGCUGGCCUUAUUCGGAAUACUUCAAGUGUGUAUCCUAUAGAGUAAUAGAAGCACAUGUUAAAAAAUGGAUGCGCUUGCAGAAUUUCUGAAACCAAAGUUUGUAAACGUUCAGUUCGAUACUGCGAAAUUAGAGCCGGCAAAUAUUCCUGAUGAGGAAUUCGAUUCAGAGAUAGAGGAUAACCUCGAUAUCAGUGACGCAGCGACAUUUUUCGCAAGUAGUGGCAAGAAUAAUGUCGCAAAUCUCGACUCACUUUUCAUUAUCGAUAGUAAAGGGAUUCAGAAUGACAAUAAGAUGCAAAUUAAAGUGGCUAAAGGCAAGGAAUUUCUUCAGACCCACCUCUCUGACCUGCGACCUUCACUAUACAUUUCUUCGGAGAUCGCUUCGACUAAAGCAAAGAUGCGAGACAUGAAUCACAAAUGGGCCGAGGAUGUAGUGCUAAAGAAGAGUAUCCUUAAAGAUGACUCAGAAAAGGAAAAGUUAAUCCCUACGAAACGCGGUAAAAAAGCCGAGCAAAGACAUCGACAGGCCGAACGCGAGAAGGACGCAGGCCAAAAUUGGUUCAGCAUGGCUAAACCAGAGUUGACUGACGAACACAGGCGAGAUCUUGAGAUACUGAAAAUGCGCAAGGUUCUAGACACAAAGACGUUCUACAAGAAAAACGAUAUCCAGCAGUUGCCGAAAUAUUUCGCAGUGGGCACUGUGGUUGAUAAUGCUACCGACUUCUACUCGGGCCGUAUAUCGAAGAAACAGCGCAAACAAACGCUUGUUGAUGAACUUCUUGCCGAUACACAGUUUAAGAAGAUCAACCAAAAAAAAUAUCGCGAAGCACUGGAACGGCAGCAAUACACAUCGAGGAAGGCAUACAUUCAACUGAAGCGAAUUAAAAAAAAAGAGGAAUUUAAACUAAAAAAAAAAUCAUCCACAUAGUAAAUAAAUGUGUAACUAUUAUCAUUUUUGUUAACUAAUUAUUUUUGUUUUGAGUGUGCCUCAGUGACUUUUGCUUUAACUGAAUACUUGA